UGCCGGCUCAGUCGCUGUGCGGGAGUGGUCACUGAGGGAUGUGUGGUAUCGUAACUGAGUGUGACUGAGGAAAAAGACCCGGCGUAGUUUCUCCGCGUAAUACGGUCUCGCUCUUUACCCCCCCGGACAAAAAGGAACUAGCAAUACCGAGAGUCUAGUCAGUUUUCGGACCCCCUUCCGUUGCCGCGCGAGACCACGGAAUACGCUGAUCGUGUAUUUAUUUAAGUAUUUAUUGUACAAAAGACUUUAACUAUAGACGACACAAUGUCCGUGGACAAGGAGGAAUUGGUACAACGCGCGAAGCUUGCCGAGCAGGCGGAAAGGUACGACGACAUGGCAGCCGCCAUGAAGGCGGUUACCGAGACAGGAGUAGAGUUGUCGAACGAGGAGAGGAAUCUACUGUCGGUAGCGUACAAGAAUGUUGUCGGGGCGAGACGUAGCUCGUGGCGAGUAAUCUCCUCCAUCGAGCAAAAGACGGAGGGUUCAGAACGUAAGCAGCAGAUGGCCAAGGAAUACCGGGAAAAGGUGGAGAAGGAGCUGCGCGAGAUCUGUUACGACGUGUUGGGACUCCUCGAUAAGUACCUGAUCCCCAAGGCUAGCAAUGCCGAGAGUAAAGUAUUCUACCUCAAGAUGAAGGGCGACUACUACAGGUAUCUCGCAGAAGUCGCCACAGGAGAAACAAGAAACGCUGUGGUAGACGACAGCCAGAAGGCAUACCAAGAUGCGUUCGAAAUCAGCAAGUCAAAGAUGCAGCCUACUCAUCCGAUUAGGCUAGGUCUCGCCCUCAACUUCUCCGUUUUCUAUUACGAGAUCCUCAACUCACCAGACAAGGCCUGCCAGCUGGCCAAACAGGCGUUCGACGACGCGAUCGCGGAGUUGGACACACUUAACGAAGACAGCUACAAAGAUUCCACGCUCAUCAUGCAACUUUUGCGAGACAACCUCACUCUUUGGACCAGUGACACGCAGGGUGAGCCGGACGAGCAACAGGAGGUCGGCGACAACUAACCUUCCUAAACUUAAGUCCUUUCUAACCUAAUAAGAACAUCCUAUUCUCUAUCGUCCCCCCGUCCCUUGAAGUGCUCACCCAUCCAUCCACCCGAGAUCGAUUUAUCCAUUCACCUGUCCUUUCGUCCCCUCGCGUACCUCGUUUCCUUCUUCCUUCCUUUCACUACCCCUGUCUCUCCCCGCAUACGGACAAACACACGUACACGUACACGUACAUAACACCGACACACCUUUCUAUCUCUACUUACCUACCUGGUCUACCUUUACCACUCUGUCCAUCUUCCCACGUCUCCUUUCCUUCCUUCCACAAAGUCGCAAUACCACCGUCACCGCUCCGAGACCCCCCUUUUUUCCUUAAUCUCCUCCGCGAAUACUGACCUCUUUGUCCCAAUGCGACCGCCGCACACCACCACAGCUGUUACGCCCGGUUCGAAAGUCUGGGACGCGAGAAUCCCAGCGUUCUCGACCGUUUAUCCUCUCCUCGAGGACCGAACGAUUAUCGCGUGUACACUUCUCGAUGGGAGGGGCAGAGGUACGGGAUCGAAAAUGUAAAAGUUUCAAUCGUAAACGAAGAUCGGAAGGGAAAGCAAAUUCGGGGAAAUUUGGCUCAGUUUUCAAAAGCGACUGCGUCGCUGUGUCCACGGUCCUCGACGAAGGAAAACGAUCGAAUCCGCGGUAAAAUUUGCCCAGUCUCUGGCACGAAAAUUCUCCGAGAAGAACGCGUCUGCUCCGUGUUUGUACAGCGGGGAGCAACAAAGCUGUCGCAAUGCGUAAAAAAGCCUUUCGAUUGUUGGAAUAAUAUAUGGGUGUGUCUCCCCAGGUGGUGGAACGUACGAUGUUUGCCAGUGUAAUUCCAUAAAUCUGAAGCUUCUCCGCGUCUAUGCGCGCGCAGUGACCUCGCGACAGCUUUUUUACUCCCCGGUGUACGGAAGCGUAGGAAGGAGCAAAUUGUGGAUGAACAGAGGAAAGGACAGGAAGAGUAUUGUUUCGCAAACUCUGUCUCGUCGUACGACGUUGUCGAGAAACAUGAUGCACGGGGAAAACGAAUAAGGCGACUAUAAGGUUUGGGGGCACACGAGCGUCGAGACGACGUCCGUUUCUAUGGCCUUCCAUGUCUUACGAUUGAAAAGACAUAGUCUAUGUCUUCAAUUGCAAGCAAGGAGGAACGUAGAAACGCACGUUGCUUCGACGCUUGUGUGCCCCCCGGGGCCUAAAUCCAAACGAGGGCACGCGAAGAAAAUUGUGCGUUGGGGAAGAGGUGCCGUAAAAACAAAAAAAAAAAAAAGAAAAUUGAUAUCGUUGGGACGAGACACGGGAUGCGAAGAAUAACCAUUAAAAAAAAAAAAAGAAAACACUGUCACUCCCAGGAUCUGCUCACUAUUUACCAUCUAAAAUAUCGCUAAAAAAAAAAAACAUGAAAAAUGAAACCAAGGUUUGAGAAGAAGACAAAGGGAAAAAAAGCACGCAUGAAUGAAUCUAACUACAUUAUAUCCAGUUGUCAUUAAAUUAAAUUUCACAUUGUCUAGCAAGUACGAUAUUAUUAUACGAAGGGAAGAACGCAGGAGGAGAAAGGAGAGUAAAAAUACAUUAAGUUAUUAAGUUCCAAAACAACAUCGGUGGUGACUUACUUUUACAUUCGAUACUGUUUCAUUUUAUUUUUUACGUAUUGCACGUUCACCGUUAUUUGAAACGCUCCCGCGCGCGUGUGCGCGAGCACACACACACAGCAGGCAUAUAUACACACAGAACGUUAAGUUUUUUUUUGGGGCGCGACGCAUUCGCUUUCCUUUUCCUUCAUUGGGAAUUUGUAUCCGUAAACGUCUGAUACGUUUAGCACGUUUUGAAUGCUCACUUAAAAGGAAACAAAAAGAUCUUGAAUCCGUACGUACAAAAUCGUUACUAGAUUGCGUUCUGUUAUCGUUGGCGUGUGUAAAUUGCAGUACAUCGAGGUGAGUGAAACGCCGUAUAGUCCUAAAAAUAUGUUUCUGAAUCCUUACACACGCUGUGACCGUCCGUUGUUGCAAGUUGCACGAAUAUCGAGGAGGAAAGGGAACACCAAUUUCUUUUUUCUUUUUUUUUUUUUUUCGAGCAACCGAUCUGUUACGCGACGAUCUUUGAAAAAAUUUUUCUUGUCCCUAUUUCCUGACUCUCGACUUACUCUUGCAUCCUCUUGAUCACCCACCUCUUCUCUCUCUCUCUCUAUCUCUCUCCCCCUAUCCCCAUAUAUGUUAUAUAUAUACAUAUAUACAUAUAUAUAUAUAUAUACAGAUAUAUUAUACACAAUAAUAUAUAUACAACAGAUAUUUACCGUCGAUUUGAUAAUUUCUAUCGCAAUGGAAGAAAGGAAAAGAAGAAAACGAGAACAAAUUGUGUACGUGUAUUAAGAAAAAAAAAACGAAAAAAAAAAUUAUAUCGUCCCGAUGUUCUCUUUAACAUAUAUGUAUAUAUAUAUAUUCAGUUUAUAGACACGAUCGAUCUCGUGGAAAUUGUCGAUAGCUCGAAUAUCAUUCGUUGUUUCCAGCAAUUCCAUCAAUUGUAUAAUCGUUUUUCCGGACUAUCUAUCGCGUAGAAUAACUUUUUUGGACUCGACUCGCGACAGAAAUGAUACACAAGUUUUUUCACGAUUUUUCUUUUUAAUUCGAAGAAAACAUCUUGAAACCGAACUUCAUUGAAAUCGUCACGCAAAAUCGGGAAUGAUUAUUGCUGGUUUCUCGGGGCGACGGAUUUAACGGGUCCGAUCGCCCCGAAUCGAAACUUCGAAAAUCGAGGGACAUAUUACCCGUUGCCAUUCCGAAAACGAAAGAGA